GCAAGCGCCAUCCGUCGGCGCCGACUCCUCCCCCUAAGGCGGGAACACGCGGGGCCCAAGAUGGCGGCCAGCCGGUACCGGCGUUUUCUUAAGCUCUGUGAGGAAUGGCCAGUGGACGAGACCAAACGGGGCCGGGACUUGGGCGCUUACCUGCGACAGCGGGUAGCACAGGCCUUUCGGGAGGGAGAGAAUACCCAGGUUGCAGAGCCUGAGGCCUGUGAUCAGAUGUACGAGAGCUUAGCGCGACUCCAUUCAAACUACUACAAACACAAGUACCCUCGCCCCAGAGACACCAGCUUCAGUGGCCUGUCGUUGGAAGAGUACAAGCUGAUCCUGUCCACAGACAACUUGGAAGAGCUUAAGGAAAUAGAUAAAGGCAUGUGGAAGAAACUGCAGGAGAAGUUUGCCCCCAAGGGUCCUGAGGAGGAUCAUAAGGCCUGAGCUCAGGCCUUACCUCGUGCACAUACCUAGGUGUGGAAUCUUGUACAUUGCCAUCGUCAAUAAAACUGCCCCAGUUUCCCCUUGA